AAUAAUCGAGGAAACUCAAGAGAUUCUUCCCCGUAGCUAACUCUAGCUAGCAGACUAAUCUCCUGAACAACGCAGUUGGGUUGUUUUUUGGCCGUUUCAAUGCCUAUGUCUUCUGUCUUUUAUAUUUCAGUGUGUUUCUAAUAGGCCGUCAGUGUCAAAAGUGAGGCACACACGGAGGGACAAGUUUAAAAUACGCUGGAUGUUUGGCCACUGUUGCUUUCUCCCAGGAUGCUAGCACAUAAGCAAGCCAACUAGCUAGCCAACCUGCUAAGGUAGCCAAAUAGCAGCACUGUCCGGAUGCUUUGAAGAGCAACGCAGCGGAUUUUGGGGAGUUUCUAGUCGGCCUCGCAUGAUGUCAGGCAACCGGCCACAGCAGAGCCCCGGUGGAGCGAGCUCAGUGCCCAGCACGAGCAGCAGCAGUAGCACGGGUAACUCAAACAGUAGCGGUGGGAGCAACGCCGUCACAAGUAAUGGGAACAAUUCUGCAAAUGUUGUGCCCUCCCGGACCCUACCAGCAGCCACCGAGGGCGGCUUGGCGGUGCCAACUUUGGCCGCCGUACCCUCGUCUCGGGGCGGCUUUGCUUCCCUGAGCAGACCCUCUGCGUCUUCAGGCAGCCGAAAGAAAUCCCACCACCAAGCACCCCUCUACAACGGCCUCUUGAAUUCAUACGAAGAUAAAAGCAACGAUUUUGUCUGCCCAAUUUGCUUCGAGAUGAUAGAAGAGGCACACAUGACAAAAUGUGGGCACAGUUUUUGUUUCAAGUGUAUCCGCCAGAGUCUGGAGGACAGCAAUAGAUGUCCCAAGUGUAAUUAUAUUGUCGAUAACGUUGAUCAGCUUUACCCAAACUUUCUUGUAAAUGAACUGAUUCUUAAACAGAAACAGAGGUCGGAAGAGAAGAGACUAAAACUAGAUCAUCCUAAUGGGUCUCGGUGGCAGGUGUUCCAGGAUGUUUUGAGUCCUGACCAGGAGAACUUGGACCUGGCAAACGUCAACCUGAUGCUGGAGCUCCUAGUCCAGAAAAAGAAGCAGCUGGAGGCGGAAUCCCAAGCCGCUCAGAGACAGAUCCUUAUGGAGUUCCUCAAAGAAGCCAGGAGAAACAAGAGAGAACAACUUGAGCAACUGCAGAAAGAGCUCAACUUUCUCGAGGAGGACAUUAAACGUGUUGAGGAAAUGAGCGGCCUGUACUGUCCAAUGAUGGAGGCGGAGUGUACGGUGCCUAAUGUGGAGGCUCCAUCACCAGCACCCAGCUGCAGCAGUAUUAUUGAGGCACCAGACUACAGCCAGCCUCCAGGAUUUGGUGGAACAACCCAGGGCAAGAGACAGACCUGGUACAACAGCACCCUGGCGUCACGGAGGAAGAGGCUGACUGCUCAUUUUGAGGAUCUGGAACAGUGCUACUUCUCCAACAAGAUGUCACGCAUCACCGAUGAAGGCAGGAACCUGAACCAGCUGGAUGACUUCAUGGAGUGCCUGUCAAAGUUCACCCGCUACAACUCUGUGCGGCCGCUCGCCACCCUCUCGUACGCCAGCGACCUGUACAACGGCUCCAGUAUUGUCUCCAGUAUUGAGUUUGACCGUGACUGUGACUACUUUGCCAUCGCCGGUGUGACCAAGAAGAUCAAGGUGUUUGAGUACGGCACAGUGAUCCAGGACGCCGUGGACAUCCAUUACCCUGUUAAUGAAAUGACCUGCAAUUCCAAAAUCAGCUGUAUCAGCUGGAGCAGCUAUCACAAGAACCUUCUGGCCAGCAGUGACUAUGAGGGGACUGUGAUCCUGUGGGACGGGUUCACAGGCCAGAGGUCCAAAGUCUACCAGGAACAUGAAAAAAGGUGUUGGAGUGUCGACUUUAAUCUGAUGGACCCAAAGCUGUUAGCCUCCGGUUCAGAUGAUGCUAAAGUGAAGUUAUGGUCGACCAAUCUUGACAACUCUGUGGCCAGCAUCGAGGCCAAGGCCAACGUCUGCUGUGUGAAGUUCAGUCCGACCUCCAGGUAUCAUCUGGCCUUCGGCUGCGCAGACCACUGUGUCCACUACUACGAUCUACGCAACACUAAGCAGCCAAUCAUGGUGUUCAAAGGCCACAGGAAGGCGGUGUCUUACGCUAAGUUCGUCAACGGAGAGGAAAUUGUUUCUGCUUCAACAGACAGUCAGCUGAAGCUGUGGAACGUCAACAAACCUCACUGCCUGCGCUCCUUCAAGGGUCACAUCAACGAGAAGAACUUCGUAGGCCUGGCCUCCAACGGAGACUAUGUUGCCUGUGGCAGUGAAAACAACUCCCUGUACCUGUACUACAAAGGCCUUUCCAAGACACUGUUAACGUUCAAGUUUGACACGGUGAAGAGCGUUCUGGACAAAGACAAGAAGGAAGACGACACCAAUGAGUUUGUCAGUGCUGUCUGCUGGAGAGCUCUGCCCGACGGAGAGUCAAAUGUACUGAUUGCUGCAAACAGUCAAGGAACCAUCAAGGUGCUGGAGCUCGUCUGAAGGCCCACCAUGUCUCCAGUGUGAUAGAACUCCCAUGAGCCUCUCUUCGUUGGGCAGUGGAUCAGUCUGAUGCAGGGCAGACUAAGGCUGCCUCGGAGAGCAGAAAUAAAUUGAACCCGUCUUAUUUUAAUGAGCUACAGCAGAAAGACUUUGGACGGAUACAUCGGUAUAGCAUGUGCUGUCAUUUCACAGCCCAGAGACGAGGACCCGGCCGAGGCACGCAACGAAACAAGAGACUUCAGAAAGCAUUUUUGUUUCUUUUCAGUAAAGUUAUAUCGACUAAAAUACAACGCCUCCUUAUGGUUUUAGGUCAAUUUAAAACGUGUACCUUUUAAUCAAGCUAUUGCUCUCAAGGGUACAUCCAGCCAAAUGCUACUAGUGUGAUGCAUUUCCCCUUUUAAAGGCCAAAGCACAAGACAAGAGGACAUGCAAGAAUGAUGUCUACACAUGAAGCUUUUAAACCCUCUCCCGCCCUCAUUGUUUGUCAACCGCCUGUUUUCUUUCCCCUUUAUGUGUAGUUUUUCAGAUUGGAAGAAACCAGUUUUAAUAAAUAUAACUUGAAUUUCAUUCUGUCAAGCGUAACGUCAGUUCCUUUUCUGGCAUUGGAGUGCAGAAUGUGAGGUAGUGUACAGAAGUCAAGGAAGACCAAUGUUUUAUGUUGCUAUUGACACAACCUGUUUGUGAUCACAGUGAAACUCGUAUAACUUAAGGCAUUGACCUGCAGUGCUACAUCAAACUGGAUUAUUUUCCACGUAUGUCAGCUGUUUGUUGCUUGUUGAAAAUGAAAACCUCACAGUAUCUGAUUUUGUUCUAUUUUUAAUGUAGCAAUGGAAUUACUGUUCGCGUACUGUAGGGUUGAAACAUCUGCAUUUUAAUGCAAACUGCUGUCAGUUUCUGUUAAUGGGUGAUCCAUGUUGACAACAUUGACACAGAGAGGAUUUGGUAAACCGCCAAUACCUACCUAUUUUAUGAUAAUUAAGUGAGAGGUGUUUUGUAUUUGUAUAACUGAAUAAAUUAUUUCAAAACAA